UAUUUUUAGACUCAUCUUUUGACACGGCACUACCAUAGACAUAGACUGCGAGAGUUGCGAGACUAUAGAACCGCACUAGUAGUUACAAGAAUUGAGAAUAUACUACAUUGGCAUUUGAUAUUCAUAUUUUAGUUUUGUUUAGCUAGCUGAAAUAAGAAAUUCUUAAGAAUUUUUUUUGAUAAUGGAAGCUUCUCAAGAGGAAGUAGUAAAAGAAAGUUUAGAGAAUGCACUGGCCGAAAGUAAUACAGAAGAAAAAACUCCAACACCUCCACCACAAGAUCCACCAAAGAAAUCAAAAAAGGAUAAUCGCACUAAAAAAGACGACAAAAAUGUCGAACAAUUUAUGAAAUCUCUCAACUCGGUUCCGACACUCGAUGAAAAAUUAUCACUAGUUUGUAAGAAAUACGUUCAAGCGACCGAAGACAAUAAAAAGCUACAGUUCUACAUUAAACAAUCUGACAAAAGAUAUGUUUUGCUUUCGAAAGAGAAAGAACAAAUGCAACAUGAAUACAAUAAGACAAUAUUAGUUAAAUCGAAGUUAGAAAAUUUGUGUCGAGAAUUGCAGAAACAGAAUAAGGCUAUUAAGGAAGAAUCUCUUCUAAAAAUACGUGAAGAAGAAGAGAGGCGGAAGGAAACUCAAGCCAAGUUUCAAAAUACUCUCUCAGAAAUAACAACGCUGUUGCAACAAAACAACGAGAAGAACGCCAAGUUGAGGGAUGACAACAUUAGUAUGACGGAGAAGUUCAAGAGUGUCGUUCAGCAGUAUCAACUAAGGGAACAGCAGGUAGACAAAAUGGCAAAACAAAUGGCGUUAGAAUCUCAAUUAUCAGACGCAAAGCUCCAAAAGGCUUCAUUAGAGUAUCAAGCAGAAAAGGAGAGGAUCUUAGCCGAGAUGGAGCAACUGAAGGUGACGUUGGCACAGUACCGAGCUAAGAUAAUGGAACACCAGAGUACGGAGGGGUCCUUGAGGGAGCAGUUAGCGGUUUAUAUGGAAAAGUAUAAUGAGUUCCAGAAUGUUCUGGUUAAGAGUAAGCAGCUGUUUCGUGGGUUUAAGGAGCAAAUGGAAAAUAUGUCGAAGAAAAUUCAAAAGCUAGAAAAGGAGUCGUUAUCAUGGAAGAAACGUUGGGAAACCUCACAGACCGCUCUGUUGGAUAUGUGUGGGGAACGACAAGCUAGUGAAGAGAGAGCGGCCGCGUCUAACAAACAUCUGUUACAAAUGCAGAGUCUGUGUAGAACAUUGCAGGCCGAGCGCACGGCACUCCUCAACACUCUAAAGGAACACAACAUAGAGCGGCCCCCGCUGCCUGCUCCCGUUCCGAUGCCACUUCCAGCGCCCUCACCUGCUAGUGAUGCUAAGGUUGACGCAAUGGCCGCUAACUGCGCACAACUAAGACAGAGUCUAGCGCACUUGCAGACACAGUUAGACGUCCUCACAAACAAGAAUAACAACAAAGAGGAAUCACCGAAACCCGAGAAACCGAAAAAAUCAAAAUCGAAAAAGAAUAAAGAGAAACAAGCACAAAAAGCACAAGAAACAGCAGUUAAAGAAACAGAAGUAAAUACUAGUGAAACUCCAAAGGAAGUUGAAAGUAGAGAAGUUACUGAAGUAGAUAUUAAACAAGAUGGAACUUCAGAUGAAAAGAUAGAUACAAAAACAAUGGAAAGUCUCAUUCAAGCUAUUAAUAUGGCAAAUAUCAAUAUUUGUGAUUUGGAAAUAGUCAAUGAAGAUAACGUUGAAACAGACAAAGCAGUAUUAAUAGAGGAUGUAGUUGAUAAUGCAAAACCAAAUGAAGUUGCUUUAAUUGAAAGUGAAGUUAAAAGUGAAGUUACUUCAAAUGAAAAUGAAGUACAAAGGGAAGUUACAUCAAACGGAAAUGAAGUUAAAAGUGAAACGAUUUCCAUUGAAAAUGAUGUCAAAAGUGAAGUUGCUGAAGAUGAAGUUCAAAGCGAAAUUACUUUAAUUGAAAAUGAAUCUAGAAGUGAAGUUACUUUAAAUAAAAAUGAAGUACAAAGUAAAGUUACUUCAAACGGAAAUGAAGUUCGAAGUGAGGCAUCAAAUGGGAAUAAAAUUAAAAGUGAAGUGAUUUCCAUUAAGAAUGACGUCAAAACUGAAGUUGUUUUGAAUGAAAAUGAAAAUGAAGUUACUAGUGAAGAUGAACCGAAGGCAGUAAUUAAUGAAUCAUUAGAUGGAAAGGAUAAAUUGAUUGAAACACCAGUUAGUACAGAAUCUUAAAAAGCAAAUGAUUCUUUGUAAAUAGGACUUUGUGACGUUAUUUUAAUGUGUGUCUAUUAUUAAAUCGUAAUGCGAAAUA